AUGACCCCACCCCCUCCCUCGCGGUGCUUGACUGAGAGCCACUCGCUUGUUCCUUGCCCCACCACUACCCGCACAAAUUCCCCCUCACGUCUGCCUUCCUCCCAACAAACGAUACACCCAGCCGCCAAAGGCCCUUCCCCCCGACCUCUUCCCGCCGCCCCCCGACCCUACCCACAUUACCCUGGUCCUCCUCGUUCCCUGCGCACCUCCACGGAUACCCCCGCCAUGUGCAACUUCCCGCGUAUUCUCGACUCCGACGAUAUUCACGCCUCCGCUGCCACUGCCGCCGCCUUAGCUUUCACCCCACCCGCCGACCUCAGCAAGCGCGCCACUGAGAAUCAGCAACGCAUCGGCUUGCUCGAGGAGCUCAUUCGCGCCGAGAAGCUAGAACUCAGCCGUCUUCGAGCCCAUAAUGACUCGCUUCAGCUUCCGCUUCCGCUUCCGCUUCCGCUUCAUGAAAACUACCAACGCGGCCCAAAUCCCGUCCCGCCCUCUCCGCAACCUUCACUAAACCUCGCAACCGAGUCCUUCAAAGCACCCCAUCAUCAGAACCGUAAAUUCCCAACCACUCCAGAACUCACCCUUCGCCAAAUCUCUUGCGCUUUAGACUCUUCACCUCGUGGUGUCAUGAUGCAGUCUUUCGAAACCCCUUCACACAGUCCGAAUAUCAACAACAUGUCCGACCCUAAUCUAGCCUCAGAUACCGGCAUGAACCGGACACUUUCUUGCGCAGAGGAGGAAAGCCCUCAAAUGGCUGCUCGUGGAAGUCACUGGUCAUUUGCUGAGAAGGCUCGCUUUGAAGCUGCACUGCAGAAGUAUGGACCAUUCGUGUGGGAUGACAUCAUAUUCGCGGUCGGUACCCGCACGGAAAAACAAGUGAAGGCCUACGCUGCACGUUACCGUCGUCGCAAGAAGCUUGCUAGCCGCAUGGAAGCCCUGUUCAGUGACGUUGCACAUCAACAGCGAUGGCAAAAGGACUGUCAGGAUGCGCGAUCUCAAACCGAGACUUUGGAGUCAGAAGUUAUGGUUGUCGAUGACUCUGCAUUUGAACUGCCCCAGGGUCCUUCGCUGUUGUCUGAGACCGACAACGGGAGUGUCGAAUCUGAUAAGACCGAAACCCUCAUGGGUACACUCAGCCCUCACUUGACCGACCCUUAUUCAGAAGAAACUCAACCGACUUGUUCAGAUACAAGCCUUUUGUUCCCUCCGGCUCUCGUUGGGGACAGUAUCCUGAUUCCUGGGAAACGUUCUACCGGUGCUCAAACUAUGUCCCCCGCAGGGGGUGAUCUCCUAAUAGAUCGCGCUUUUGGAGAGGAUGGUGUCAUUGUGGGCGGUGACGCAGUCAAGACAGAGCAGCUUGUUCAGAUUUCAGAUGACUCGAUGCAAGCAGAUUUUCUAACUUGCGAUCGAUACUAUUUUCUUGUUUUACUAUCAUGUUGGUUACGGAUGAUUAAAUACGAGACUCCUAUUAAUGAGCCCUGA